AUGUAUCACCCUUAAAUUUGUUGUACUAUCGCUUACGUCACUGUGUCAGAUUGUUUAUUUAUUUUAUAUUUUGCCAAGAAAUAGUUUAUAUAUUGUAAAACCUUAUCAUCUGAAAAGAGAGAGAUAUUUGUAAGCUUUUGAUGACAAUUUAAAAUAAAUAAAUAAAUAGAUAUUUGAUGCCUUAACUGAGUAGGCUAUCUCUCUAAAGCGUUUACUAUCUUAAAGGUUUUUGUUUUUUUUUUGAAAAGGAUGUUGGUGUUGGUUCUUGGGGAUUUGCACAUUCCCCAUCGGUGCAGUACGUUACCGAGUAAAUUCAAGAAGUUACUAGUACCCGGACGAAUCCAUCAUAUCCUGUGCACAGGGAAUCUCUGUACCCGUGAUUCAUACGAUUACCUUAAGACCCUGGCCAGUGAUGUUCAUAUCGUCCGCGGGGAUUUCGAUGAUGGUCAAAUGUAUCCGGAUCACAAAGUAGUAACCGUUGGACAAUUCCGGAUUGGUCUAACGCAUGGGCACAAAGUGAUGCCAUGGGGUGAUCCAGAGGCAUUGGCAUUCCUUCAGCGUCAACUCAAUGUGGACAUUCUCAUUUCCGGUCAUACCCAUAAAUUUGAGGCUUACGAACACGAAAGUCGCUUCUAUAUUAAUCCAGGAUCAGCUACAGGAGCCUUCAGUGCUACCAGUGCCAAGGCUACACCAUCAUUUGUCCUAAUGGACAUUCAGAGUGCUACAGUAGUCACCUAUGUCUAUCAAUUGAUUGGGGACGAAGUUAAAGUUGAACGGAUUGAGUACAAGAAAAAUUGAAAAAGAAAUAAAUAAAUAUUGCAACAUCUCUUAGCUGAA